AUGACGACCACUCGAGAGCUGGAGCAAGGCUUUACAACGAUCAUGCUUCGGGGCUUGCCGCCUGAUGUGAGUUCCCGGCGGUUGAUGGAGAUCCUCACGGACGUUGCCCCCCUUCAGUAUGACUUUGUAUAUGUUCCCUACUCCAGGACGACUAAGACAAACAUAGGCCUGGCCUGGGUCAACUUUGUUGAUCAUAGCGCCGCUGCACGAGCCUUCCAGGAUCUGCAAUUAUUGUCAAACUUCGGAUCCUUACGGCACGUGGAAGUGCGCUCAGCAAACAUUCAAGGGCGCGCAGCAAACCUUGCCUACGUCCUAGCACGCUUUGGCCUUCGUGUGCUGCGCGAAACGAGCCCUCCAAUUGUCCUCCAAGAUGGUUUGCAGGUGUCCGAUCUAAAAGCGGCAAUGGAGAGCAUUGUCGACCCAGGUUUGCUACAAGAGGCCAGGGAGGUUGUUGCUGUCGAGCAGGGGGGUCCAAGCAGGAGAUCUUGCAGUGGGGGCUAUGCUCGUCGACGGACAGGCAUGUGCUGGAAUCCGCUUCAGAUGCAGCGCCCCGCAGCGAGCUCCGCAGUUUCCACAACAUCCGAAACAAGUAGCGUGCUCACCCCCGCGCACCUGCAAGACGAAAGCCUGAAAAGCCAGAGCCAUCCGAUCUCCGGAGUGAAGGUCACGUUAGGCGCAGAGAGGCUGAGCUUCAGCUUGUAA